AUGGGGGAGUACUGCCGUUUCCACGUGAACUGCAAAGACAGGCAGCACAAGGGUCCUGCUGCUGCUGCUGCUGCUGCUGCUGAUGCUGCUGCUUCUAUUGGUGAGCUGCUGUGCGGCGCGGACCAAGAAAGGCGGAAGGCCAUUCUCCACAAGCUUGUUCCUUCUGCUGCUGCAGCAGAAGCAGCAGCAGCAGCUGCUGCUGCUGCUGCUGCUGAAGUUGACGCACUUAAGGCAAAGCCAAGUCAGAAUCAGCUGCUGCAGCAAAAGGAAAACCUCUCGCUGCAGCAGAAGCAUGCGAAGCAGCAAGCAAUGAGCAAGCUCCUGCAGCGCAACUUGAUGCUGCAGCAGUCCUGCAGCAGAUCGCCCCCGUCUACAGACAGCAGCAGCAAUCUAAACAGCAGCAAUCUAAGAAGCGGCAGCAGUAGCAGCAGCACCAAGUCUGCCAUUAGCAGCAGUAGCAGCAGCACCAAAUCUGCCAGCAGCAGCAGCCAAGGCAGCAGCAGCAGCAGCCAAGGCAGCAGCAGCAGCAGCCAAGGCAGCAGCAGCAGCAGCCAAGGCAGAAGCAGCAGCAGCAGCAACAGAAGCAACAGCCAUCCAGCCAGCAGCAGCCGUUCCCCUGCCACCAGCAGCAGCAGCAGCAGCAAUAGCAGCACCGGCAGCAGCAACAGCGGCAGCAGCAGCAGUAGCAGCAACAUCAUCCCCGGCAACAGCAGCACCAGCAACGGCAGCAGCAGCAGCAGCAGCAACAUAGCAGAGAGGGACCAGCAGGCAGCUCAGGCAUUUGUCAAAAAGCUCAAGGAGAUUGUAGAGCUCCCAGCUAGCAGCAGCCGCGACAUGGCCCUCGCCAUUCAGCUGUCUCUAGUCCGCCGCAUGCGUUUUGACGGGGCCCCACACUUAGCAGCAGAAGCAAAAAGUCUUCAUUUGCUGCUGCUGCUGCACCCCAACGCCGAAAUAGCCCUGCUGGCCUUCAAAAACUAUCGCUAUCUGCACCAAAUUGCUACAGUUAUGCCACAGAGAAGCCAGAAGCAAAAGCAACAGCAGCAGGAACGGCAGCAGCAGCAGCAGCAGCAGCAGCAGCAGCCGGGAAGGGUUGCCGCAGCAAGAGCAGCGGCGUCUGCUUCUGCUGCUGCUCCAGCGAAGUCGCCAGGCAGCUGCGCUGCACAGCCCCAGGCAGCAGCAGCAGCAGCAGCAGCACCCGCAGCAGCAGCAGCAACAGCAGCAGGUGGACCCCGUCCGCUGCUGCCGCCGCUAGAGACAGCAGCAGACACCCGAAAAGCCCUUAAGGCCCUCACAAAAGGGAAUUUGGUAGCAGCAGCAGCAGCAGCAAUGAAGCAGACGCAGCGGGCUGGGGAGGCUUUGGAUGUUGCUGCAGCAAAGCAGCAGAAGCGGGCCCUGAGGGAGCAGCAGCAGCAGCAGCAGCAGCAGCAGCAUGCAGCCAAGAAGCUGCAGCGUACGGCGCCAACCAGCCCAGCAGCAGCAGCAGCAGCUGCUGCUGCUGCAGCACAGCAGCAAAAAGACAUUCUUGAGAAAAUGCUGCAACUUAAAUCCUCAGUAGCGGAUAUUGUCGACCAAGAAGACUGGCAGCAGCAGCUGGAGCGGCUGCGGCUGCUGGAGGCCUCAGACAUAAAACAUGAAUUUAAACAAACAAUUAAAGAGACAACUGUCUCCGCCUUCUUCUGUCUCCAGGUUCCCACCUAG